AUCGAUAAAUUAUGCAUGCCACAGGUAAGCAGGCAAAAAAAAAAAAAACGUGGGCGCCCUAAAAAAUUAAUAAGAACGCAAGGGUUGCGGGCCGCAACCAUGAAAUCUAUAAAAAGCCCAUUAAUAACCGAUAACAACACAUGUUGUCGAAACGUCACUGUCGUCCGUUGUCGUAUGUGAUGUCGCGUCACCUAACCUCCAAGCUGCUGAAAUUCAGGUCCGGCAACCAGGCCGGCGACUCGUGUCGCCCGGACGGGUUCAAGGUGGUGAUGGUGCGGCACGGCCAGUCCGAAUGGAACAAGAAGAAUCUGUUUUGCGGCUGGGUGGACAGCGAGCUGAGCGAACGUGGUCACCGGGAGGCCGGCGACGCGGGCAAGGCCCUGAAGAAGGAGGGCUACAAGUUCGAGGUGGCGUACACGUCCGCCCUGAAGCGGGCCCAUCAGACCCUCCGGGGCAUCAUGUGCGAGCUGGGUGACGAGGAAACAGUCGUGCACAAGACUUGGAGGCUCAACGAACGGCACUACGGUGGUCUAACUGGCUUGGACAAGAUUAAAACGGUGGAGAAAUACGGGGCGGAGCAGGUGCAAAUAUGGAGGCGAAGCUUCGACGUUCCACCACCUCCGAUGGAGCCCAACCACCCGCAUUACCAAGAGAUCAAAGACAACCCAAUGCACAAGGACAUCCCCGAGAAGGACUUCCCGAUGUUCGAGUCCCUGAAGAUGACAAUAGACAGAACCCUGGUCUACUGGUACGACAACAUCGUCUGCCAAAUACGCAAAGACAAACCAGUACUAAUAGUGGCCCACGGCAACAGCCUGAGAGGCCUGGUCAAAACGCUGGACAAAAUAUCGGACACAGACAUAAUGGGGCUGAACCUCCCCACCGGAAUACCAUUCGAAUACCUCCUGGACAAGGAAACGCUGGAACCGGUGGCCAAGAUGCGUUUCAUGGGCGACCCGGAAACGGUCAAGAGGGCCAUCGAGGAGGUGGCGCAGCAGACGAAGAAGAAAUAAACCCCCGCGUCAGCGAGACGUAAUUACUCGGUUCGGGUGCGAGAGAGUUCUGCUUGAGACUUUAUAAAUUCAUCACAAAGAAAAUUCAUCAGUAUAUUUCUCCGGCGUGGCAAUUUAUCAAAUAAAUAGGGCCUAUUGUGUUUGCGCGGCGUUUGUGCCAGCGCUACUUGCCGAGCAUUCGAAAAUAUGGGAGAAUAUUUAUCAUGUUUCGUUCAUAUUUCUCUGCUACUUAAAAUUUGUUGCGAGAAGCGCACCGUUUUUACGUUAGCUGCGAUUCGUCUACGAUGCCCGACAACAACUGUGGCCCGUUUGUCAGGAAUUAUAAAUGUUGUAAUAAAUAAAAUAAUAAAUUACA